GACGCAGAGUCCGCGCACCGGCCACCGAGGCGGCCACCCGAGACGCGGCGCGCACGCUCCGGCCCGCGCCCGGUCAGGCCAUGGCGGCCCCCCGCCCUCCUCCCGCGAUCUCCGUCUCGGUCUCGGCUCCGGCUUUUUACGCGCCGCAGAAGAAGUUCGGCCCGGUGGUGGCCCCAAAGCCCAAAGUGAACCCUUUCCGGCCCGGGGACAGCGAGCCUCCUCCGGCAGCCGGGGCCCAGCGCGCACAGAUCGGCCGGGUGGGCGAGAUCCCCCCGCCGCCCCCGGAAGACUUUCCCUUACCUCCUCCUCCCCUCCUUGGGGAUGGCGACGACGCGGAGGGAGCUCUGGGAGGUGCCUUCCCACCUCCCCCUCCCCCGAUCGAGGAAGGCUUUCCCCCUGCGCCUCUGGAGGAGGAGAUCUUCCCAUCCCCGCCGCCUCCCCUGGAGGAGGAGGGAGGGCCUGAAGCCCCUAUACCGCUCCCACCACAGCCCAGGGAGAAGGUGAGCAGUAUUGACUUGGAGAUCGACUCUCUGUCCUCACUGCUGGAUGACAUGACCAAGAAUGAUCCCUUCAAAGCCCGGGUGUCAUCCGGAUAUGUACCCCCACCAGUUGCCACUCCAUUUAUUUCCAAGUCCAGUACUAAACCUGCAUCUGGGGGCACAGCACCCCUGCCUCCUUGGAAGGCCCCUUCUAGCUCCCAGGCUCACUCCCAGGCUCAGUCUCAGCCUCCGAGCCACACACAGUUCCAUGUCCAGCCCCAGGCCCAGCCCCAGGCCAAGUCUCAAGGCCAGCUCCACGUCCAGUCCCAGCCCCAGGCCCAUCUCCAGCCUGUGUCUUUGGCUAACACCCAGCCCCGAGGUCCUCCAGCCCCAUCUCCACCUGCAGCCCCUAAGUUUUCUACAGUGACAACCAAGUUUACUCCUGUGGCUUCCAAGUUCAGCCCUGGAGCUCCAGGUGGACCUGGGUCACAGCCCAAUCAAAAAUUGGGGUUCCCGGAAGCUCCUUCUUCCACUGGCACAGGCUCCCCUCAACCCCCCAGCUUUACCUAUGCUCAGCAGAGGGAGAAGCCCCGAGUGCAGGAGAAGCAGCACCCAGUGCCCCCACCGGCUCAAAACCAAAACCAGGUGCGCUCCCCUGGGGCCCCAGGUCCCCUGACUCUGAAGGAGGUGGAGGAGCUGGAGCAGCUGACCCAGCAGCUGAUGCAGGACAUGGAGCAUCCUCAGAGGCAGAACGUGUCUGUCAACGAGUCCUGUGGCCGGUGCCAUCAGCCCCUGGCCCGUGCGCAGCCUGCAGUCCGCGCACUGGGGCAGCUGUUCCACAUCACCUGCUUCACCUGCCACCAGUGUGAGCAGCAGCUGCAGGGACAGCAGUUCUACAGCCUGGAGGGGGCACCGUACUGUGAGGGCUGCUACACCGACACCCUAGAGAAGUGCAACACCUGUGGGCAGCCCAUCACUGACCGCAUGCUGAGGGCCACGGGCAAAGCCUACCACCCGCAGUGCUUCACCUGUGUGGUCUGCGCCUGCCCCCUGGAGGGCACCUCCUUCAUUGUGGACCAGGCCAACCGGCCCCACUGCGUCCCUGACUACCACAAGCAGUAUGCGCCGAGGUGCUCCGUCUGCGCAGAGCCCAUCAUGCCUGAACCUGGCCGCGAUGAGACUGUGCGAGUGGUCGCACUGGACAAGAACUUCCACAUGAAGUGCUACAAGUGUGAGGACUGUGGGAAGCCACUGUCGAUUGAGGCAGAUGAUAAUGGCUGCUUCCCCCUGGAUGGUCACGUGCUUUGUCGGAAAUGCCACACUGCUAGAACCCAGACCUGAGUGAGGACCUGCCUCCUUCCAGACUGCAAGGCCCUUCCCCAUCACGGACCACCCGCACUGAGAUCAAUCUUCCACCUGCCCACCCAGCUCAGUUACUAUUUGGAUGUCCAGCCCCUCCUCCAUUCCAAACCCCACCCUGGGGUUCCAAGGGCCCUGACCAGGGCACUAAUAGCCCAGGGAUGCGGAGUCCUGUCCCUGGGUUCUAGCCCUCGCCCGUCCUGCAGGGGUCGCCCACCUGGGGGGCACCAGUUUAGUGCUGCCGCUUUCACUGCUGUGCCGACGCCUUGGCUGGCCCCAAGCAGCCUUUGUAUUCUGCUUGCUGAGACUGGGAGAUACCCUGGCUGUCUGGGAGCCUGGGCUGACUGGUCUGGACAUUCCCACCCUCCCCCAUGUUGCCAGGUUAUGGCUACAGCUGCAAAUAAAAAAACCUUGUUUUCCAGAA